GCCCCGCGCUGCGGCCCCGCCGCUGGCAGCCAAGCUGGGCGCGAUGGCGCAUCGCAGGCUGGGCGCCCCACGGCGGCGGCAGCUGGCAGCUCUGGCGGACGUCGGGUUCUUCGCCAGGCUUGACGAAGCCCCCACGUUCCCGUCGCAGGAGUUCGCUGACCCCGGAGCGCCCUCUAGUGGCGGUGCUCCGCCUGGUGAGAUGCAGCUGGCUGUCCCGGCUGCGCCGUUCGCCGGGUCGCGACCCCGUGCGAUGCCGCAGAAGCUUAUGGCCGGAACCGUGAAGGUGGCCUGCGACCGGCUGGUGAAAAGUUCGACGACACCUGCUGCGAGCACGGCGGACCGCGUGACCGACCAGAGGCGGCUCCGGGCGCACCGCGACUACGGAGAUUACCGGCGGGCCGAGCAGUCCACGUCGGGCGAGGAGUCCCUGGCGAAGAUGACCCAUGAGGUCGCCGCCCGCCUCGCGGAUGCAGGCCAGGCGCACCUCGAGGUAACGGGUGCGCUCCAGGAGUUCCAGCCGGCAUCUUCCCGUGCGUUGCGCGCGCUCUCAGGAGGGGGGCGGGCAUCGCAUGCGACGAUCGCGCAGCGCACGCUGGACGAGAUCAAGAAGUUGAAGUCGGACAGGACGCACCAGAGCAGGGCCGCGAAGACCACUGGUUGGGCCAUGGACGAAGCUGUGCCGACGGAGGAGUCUCCAGCGUUGGAGCAACAGCGCUUCGAGGGCUACCGCAAGGCGCUCAAUGCCAACGCGACGCCCAAUGGCAGGAAGGUGAAGCCUGAUCCAAAGGUCCUGGGGGCUUUCAAGGACAAGGCCACCGCAAUGGGGGUAAAGUUCGACGAGGAACGCGUCGGGGACCUGGCGCAGCUCCUGACCGCGCUCAUGGCCAAGACGCGCCAUCCAGAGGGGGUGCUGUUCGCCUGCAACUACAAGCCGCAGCUCUACAUGUUCGUGCUGUCGUCCUUGCUCGGGGGUGACCUUGCCAGCGCGGCGGUUACGAUGGUCUUUGCGCCUAUCGCCCGCGCAAGGACCGACGCGCACCUCGCGGAUCUGGGGAGGCACGUUUUCGACACCAUUCACCCCCCACUCAAUGAGCCUUCUGUUCAGCGACUGCUGGGCCACGAAACGCUCGGCCAGCGCUGGCCCCGCCAGCGCUGCAGUUACUGCCCCGCGGCCCCGGCCCGACUGACGCAGCGCCGGUUCUUCGCGCAGGACGCUCCCAGGUCGCUCCGUCAGGAGGGCCCUGGACACUGCUGCAAGAACAUCGUGCGUUGGUGGGUUGCGGGCGCUUGCAACACCUGCGGGCCCCCGGCGCCUGGCCAACGCCGCAGACAGAUCUUCAAGGUGUCGCCAGCGGAAUUCUACACCAUCUGGAGCCGGAUCACUAGGCUCUUGCGCCGCGAGCUGUUCGGGGCCGACGAGGAUGGCCCGUUCUGCCAGUACUUCCCCGACCUUGCGGCCGAGGGCGGCGGCCACUUCGUCGCCAUUGCCAUCGCGAACUUGUCCGUGCUGAUCCGCCACCACCUCGGCGUUGGAUUGCCCAUGUUGGGCGAGGUAGUGGGCAGGGAAUUGGAGGAACUUGCCGCGGGCAGCCCCGUUGGAUCGGCUCUCGCCCGCGUGGCCUUCACCCACUGCGACUUGCCGUUCCGCUACUCCUUGCGCGGCCCAGGCCCCCCCCGCUCCGGGGGGCAGGGGGCCGCCCUGGGCAAGGCGGUCUGGGUCUCAAGGCGCGGUCCAUGGAUCCACCGUUCGUUUCACUGGAAGGGCCUGCCCUGCUUGGGGGCUAUGGGGACCGGCGUUUAUCGGCUCACCUGGCGCGCCGUGCAUGGGGGCGGCGCUGGCGGUGGCCACGAAGUCGUGGGCGUGGGCCUCCAGCUGAACGUCGACGGCGCUGUCGGGCGCCGCCCCGCGGCGGGCCGCCUCGGGGGCGCGGGCGCGAGCUUCGAUUUCGAUGGCUGCGCGCUCUUUUUCUUCAGCUUCACCCCCGACAGCUCCAAGCGCGCCGUCGUUCUCGGCAUCGCGGCGCGCUUCGCGCAGCUCGCCUUACCGACGGGCCUUCGCUCUGAGGCGCUGGAUGUUCUUCGGGCCCGCCCGACCGAGAUCUCCGGGUGCCCAGGGGCAGUUUUCGACGCGCGGGCUGGCGAGGGCAUGCGCCGCUGGCAAAGUGAGGGUUCAUGGGCCGGCGGCCUCUGCGACGUCACGCCCGCGAUCCACGAGCCCACAAGCACAACGUUCCUUGAAUUCGCGCGGACGCGUAGGGCUGGGGCCAUGCGCAGCGCGGCGUCUACAGAGCAGCCCAGCGGCAUCCG